AGCAGGAGUCCAAAGUUGAGCAGGACUACCACAGAGUGCCCACCCUUGGUCUACAAGAAGAUGUCUUUAACUGCACUUUGCUCUUUUAUUCUGCUGGCUUGUGUCUUGACUCCAAGUGAUGGUCAAAGCAGCUGCAGAGGACGCUGUGGCGUGGAGUACUACAGAGGUUACAUGUGCCAGUGCGACUUCAGCUGCUUGGCCUACGGAGAAUGCUGCCUCGACUUUGAAGCUCAGUGCACCACAAAAAACUCCUGUAGAGGUCGAUGUGGGGAGACGUUCAAGAGAGGCCAACUGUGUAGCUGCGACUCGGAUUGCGAUAAAUACAAGCAGUGUUGUCCAGAUUACCAGCUCCAAUGUGAAGAAGAGGAAAACAAUGGAGCAUCCAGUGUAACAGCACCAGGGGCGAGUAAUUCAUGCAAUAAUGUAGAUGAUAAAAAACCUCAAGCGCCAAGUCUGACUAAAGCAGCACAGCUGCCUUCAGCAGACAGCGAGGGAAACGAUGAAGAUUAUUAUGAAGAUCUACUUGAGAGUCCAUCAUCCAAACCACAAGAUGAUCUCAAAGACGAUGGCAAUGAUGCGACCACUUUACCAGACUCGGGAACGUCUCCGCAACCCACCACAGCGGUUGAACAGGUCUCCAGCCAAUCAACUCCCACCUUAGCAAACCAACCCGAUCCUUCUCCCACAGCUGACACCGUGACACAGGAGACGACAUCCCUGGCACAGACUGUUGCUCCAACUGAAGCUGCCUCUGAAAAACCUGAGGUCACAACCUUACUUCCCACCACAUCUUCAGAACCCUCGCCAGACUCGUCCACAACUCCAGUACCACCAGAACCUUCACCAGACUCGUCCACAACUCCAGUACCACCAGAACCCUCACCAGGCUCCUCCACAACUCCAGUACCACCAGAACCCUCACCAGACUCCUCCACAACUCCAGUACCACCAGAACCCUCAACAGACUCGUCCACAACUCCAGUACCACCAGAACCCUCCCAAGAGUCUUCUACAACUCCAGUUCCACCAGAACCCUCCCAGGAGUCUUCCACAACCCCAGUACCACCAGAACCCUCCCAAGAGUCUUCCACAACUCCAGUACCAACAGAACCCUCCCAAGACUCCACCACUUCAGCACCCCUAGAAACCACACAAGAGUCCUCCGAUACAUUAGCAACUUCAAUACCCCAAGAACCCUCACAAGAAUCCUCCACAACUCCAGUACCACCAGAAUCCUCCCAAGAAUCUUCCACAACAUCAGCACCCCAAGAGUCCUCAGAAGCAAUUGCAACUUUAGUACCUUCAGAACCCACACAAGACUCUUCCACAACUCCAGUAACACCAGAACCUUCCCGAGAUUCCCCAACCACUUCAGCACCCCAAGAGUCCUCAGAAGCAAUUUCAACUUUAGUACCUUCAGACUCCACACAAGAGUCGUCCACAGCCUCCAACGCAAUCACAACUUCAAUUCCUUCAGAACCCAUUACAGAGUCCUCCACAACUGCAAGUCCUGAGACUGUCGCCCCUGACUCGACGACAAUGGUCCCACUAUCCGUCAAAACCACUUUAAGCCCAACAAAAGGCCCUUCAGACCAACAGAAUCCCUCUACAAGCAUUCCUUCAGUGGGGUCAGACGUUGAUGCCAUGACGACUGCCAGUCCCUUGCCCACAGAGGCACUGAAGGAAGAUUCUACAGCACCAGAACCAUCUGUUGAUCCACUAAAACCAACUGUCCCACAAUUACCUAAACCUCAGGACAAGCCGAAACCUUCCAAUCCACAGAUAACUACAGCCCCUGUGGACAAGCCCACUCCUAAACCUGGGAGUAAGCCUGUGGAUGCAGUGCUGACUAUGGAUAAUUCCAUAGACUACCAAGCAGAUGACAGCAAUGACACAAACUUGUGCAGCGGGCGGCCAGCCAGUGCAAUCACCACACUGAGGAACGGCACAAUAGCGGUAUUCAGAGGUCACUACUUCUGGUUUUUAGACCGAAACAGGGUGCCAGGUCCUGCUCGGGGCAUCACACAGACAUGGGGUGUUCCGUCCCCCAUUGACACGGCUUUCACCCGUUGCAACUGUCAUGGCAAAACGUACAUCUUUAAGGGAAACCAGUACUGGAGAUUUCAGAACGAUCAGUUAGAACAGGGUUAUCCGAAGGCUGUGGAGGCAGGCUUUGAUGGACUUCGAGGUCAUGUCACAGCUGCUCUGUCUGUGCCCGAGUACCGCAAGAGGACAGAAGCUGUCUAUUUCUUCAAGAGAGGUGGAUUGGUGCAGAAAUAUUCAUAUCGGUCUGGCACCAGUAGUCAAUCAUGUAAGAAGAAACCAAAAUUUGCUAUUUACACAGUCCGCAGCAGAGUGGUUCGGCAAGCAGUGUCUCUUUUAGGGCCAACGAUUAGCAUCAGGACGUCCUGGCGAGGGUUUCCCACUACCAUCACCUCUGCCGUGUCUGUCCCGACUACCAGAGAACCAGAGGGCUACAAAUACUACGUCUUCUCUAGAACUAAAUCAUACAACAUUAGGAUGGACACUGACCGGCCUGUUAUCGCCACAACAAGAGAAAACCCUUCGGCUCAGAACAGCAACUUCAUCAAAUGUCCAAAGACCCUCUAGAGGCCGCGUCAAGAAGUUGGCCUUCACAUUAUAAUUUCUGAAAAACUUUUAAUAACAUUUUUAUCAUAAUGCAACACUUCAACAUGGACUUUGAUCACAUCUCCUUUGUAUCUGGAUGAUUGAAACAAACAAAUGAUUAGAGAAAGGGGUACCCAGGAAUGACAGAAGUUCUGUCUCAUCAAAGCUUCAUCUGGCGAUGCGUCUGCCAUGGACUCCCCGGGAAGGAAAUGCUUGACCUGUUGGAAUAUAAUACAGCAUAACUCCUGAUCUAUGGGUGUAAACAUUUACUACAGUGGCUGUAAAUAAUGCGCAUCACAUGUCUGCAAAUUAAUAAGCAUGCAACAGAAAUAUUCAUUAAGUAAGAAUCAUUACUAUGUAUUCUGUUACUUUACAUUUGAUUUAAAAUAAAGUUGGUUAUAUUGUAACUUUUUGCUUGUUUUAGCUUUGAAUUUUCAAUGGCACUACAGGUCAGAGUUUCUAUUUUUAAUUUCAAGUGUUUAGCCCAUCUGACAUCAAUUUCAGAAAAUCCACACUACCUUCUAAAGCAGGUUUUAUUGAGGGCCACAUCGCAAUUAUGGCUGCCAACUUAGGGCUGUUUGUAACAGUGAAUAUAUAUGAAUAUAAACUUAAAAUAGCCUCUUUACACAAUUUGCAUAGGUAACUCUUCAUUAUUACAUUUAUUACUAACACAUUGCCUUUAAAUAGACUCCCUUUUUAGACCAGUUGAUCUGCCGUUUCUUUUCUUUUCUUU